AUGUCUGAUUCUGCUGAUCCAUUGGUUCAUGCUUUGGCUGGUGCAGCUGGGGGUGCCUUAGCUCUGUCUGUAACUUAUCCUCUUUCUACGAUAACAAUGAAGUUACAAAACAAUGAAGAUGGUAAAGAACGAGAUGAGUUGACUGCUAAGAGGGUUAUCUUGGAUAUAUUGUCUAAGGAUGGGGUUCUAGGGUUAUAUUCGGGUUUAGAGAGUGCACUUUAUGGUAUGACUGUGACGAAUUUUAUCUACUAUUAUUUCUAUGAAAAGACUGGUAAAUAUUUUAAGAUGUUGAACAAAGUUUCCCAAUUAUCUACAACGAAUACCAUGAUGACAGGGGCCAUCGCUGGUGUCAUUACUGCAGUGGCUACAAAUCCGGUUUGGGUAGCUAAUACAAGGAUUACUUUGAAAAAAUCAGAUGUCAGUACUUUAAGGACGAUUAAAAAUAUUGUAGCUAAAGAAGGUGCUCAGAAUUUAUUCAACGGGUUGAAACCUGCUUUGAUUUUAGUAAUAAACCCGAUUAUUCAGUAUACUAUUUUCGAACAAUUGAAAAUUAUAGUUUUAAAUUCCCAAGUUGGUAAGAAAAGAAAUCUGUCAGCCAAUUGGGCAUUUAUCUUGGGGGCUAUCGGUAAAAUAGCUGCCACCAGUAUAACUUAUCCAUAUAUCACGUUAAAGACAAGAAUGCAUAUGUCUACAUCUUCAUCGGCCAAAGGCGAAAGCAGUUCUUCGUUGGUUCUUGAAAUAUUGAAAAAAGAAGGUAUUGCAGGAUUGUUCAAUGGUUUUUUCUACAAACUAAGUCAAAGUGUGCUAACCGUUGCUCUCUUGUUUUAUUUCAAAGAAGGUUUAUUGUCUUCAACCUUAAAAUUAUUAAAAAUCAUUCGUUCAAGAAGAAUCAAAACUUAA